CUGACCUUUUGCUGCUCCGUUACUUUAUCGAAUCGAUCCAUUGAGCAAUGAGUAACCAGAAAGCGGAUCCGAACAAGCAGCAGUGGGAAGAUUCUGAAUUUCCAGUUGUUUGCGAAACCUGCUUGGGAGACAAUCCCUAUGUUCGGAUGACCAGAGAUUCGUACGGAAAAGAAUGCAAGAUUUGCUCGAGACCAUUUACAGUGUUCCGAUGGUUACCGGGCACCAACAUGCGAUACAAAAAGACUGAAAUCUGUCUAACCUGUGCGAAACUCAAAAACGUAUGCCAAACGUGCGUGUUGGACUUGCAGUAUGGUCUCCCCGUGCAAGUCAGAGAUCAGGCAUUGAACGUAGAAUCGGAAGCACCAAACAGUGAUGUGAAUAGGCAGUAUUUUGCACAAAACAUUGCUGGCAAGGAUAUCAGUACAAGUAACUAUGACCCUGCAAAGGCAUCACCUGAAAACCGGGACAUGCUACGACGAUUAGCUCGAAACGAGCCAUAUUACAAACGCAAUCGACCACACAUUUGUUCAUUCUUUGUCAAGGGCGAAUGUACGCGUGGCGUGGAAUGUCCUUACAGACACGAGUUGCCUGGUGGUGAUUCUGAGCUUGCACAACAAAACAUCAAAGACCGUUACUAUGGCAACAACGAUCCUGUCGCAAACAAGAUGCUGAGUCGAGUGCGAUCCACUGGCUCUUCUCUGAACCCUCCUGAAGAUAAAUCGAUUGCAUCGUUGUUUGUGACUGGAGUUGACGAAGAAAUUACAGAGAACGAUUUUAGACAAUACUUUUGUGUAUUCGGUCAGAUUAAGUCGGUGGUUGUAGUCCAUCGGUCAAAAUGUGCCUUUAUUAACUUUGCUACACGAUCUGCUGCCGAGCUUGCGGCACAAAGGGUAGGUGACACCGGGCUCAACAUAAAGAACCGUCCUCUGCGAGUCGCUUGGGGCAAAGCGCGACCCAAGGGGCCCAAGUCUGAUACAAACAAGCCAUGUGAGUGGUUCACAUUGCAAACUAACCAACUUAAAGAAGAGACGAAACGUGCCAUGCUCAUAGAAAUUUGUAUCUGAACAUAGCUUCCGCAAAUCUCGCUACCAUGCAACCACCCGCACCGCCAUCCAUCAGUGGCUCGACUUCCUCAAGCUAUCCUAGUCAAGACCCUACUGCCCAAGGCUCAAAAACAAAUUAAAAAUCUCUACUGUAGAGUAAUAAAAAAAAGAAGAAACAUGUGUUUUUUUGUCUUUUAAAAAAAGAAAGAAUCAUCAUUGAGG